AGCGAGCUACCCCUUCCUCUCUCUACAUCCACCAUUGCACUGCAUCACCUCCCUCUCCCCUACACCUUGAGAUCAUUGCCCGUACGCGGUCGCCGGUCGGGUAGUUGUGGCAUACACAGUGUGAUCGCCUCGGCGUAUGGCAAUGAGCGAGGGGAGCUCGGACACCUCGUCGACGUCGUCCUACUCCUCCUCACCCUCCACGUCCUCCAGCUCACGCGGGCCGCCCUCGGCCUCCGGAGCCGGCGGCGGUAACAAGGGCCGCAAGAAGCGGCCGCGCGCGCACGACGACGCCGACGCGGGCGCGCGCGGGGGCGGGGGCGCCCCGGCGUACCGCGGCGUGCGGAUGCGGGCGUGGGGGAAGUGGGUGUCGGAGAUCAGGGAGCCCCGCAAGAAGUCGCGCAUCUGGCUCGGCACCUUCUCGUGCCCGGAGAUGGCCGCGCGCGCGCACGACGUCGCCGCGCUCAGCAUCAAGGGCGCGCGCGCCGUCCUCAACUUCCCGGACCUCGUGCACGUCCUCCCGCGCCCCGCGUCCCUCGCCCCGCGCGACGUCCAGGCCGCCGCCGCGCGCGCCGCGCUCAUGCAACAGCAGCAGCAAUCCAGCGACUCCUCCCCCGCAUCCGCGGUCGCGAGUCCUGCUGCGGCGGACCACGGCCAACGACCAGCUGCUGCUCGCGACGAGUCCGAGCCGAGCCGGGAGGAGCGGCAGCCGGCGCAGGCGGAGAAGGCCGAGCUAGUGUUCGACGAGCUGGCGCCGCUGUGGGUGGAGGAGGACGUGGUGAACUUCGGGCCGUCCGAUCAUCCGUGGACGCCGUACGAUGGGCUUGAUGCAGUCGGCUUCCAGCCUCUCCUGUGGGAACAUUAAGCUUGUACACAGGCUUUCCUUUAUUUGGUUUCGAAUUCUGUGUUUUUUUCUAGUGCUGCUUUUAGUGUGUGAUUUCUUUCUCUCUCUUUUUCAUUUCAUUUUGAGUUGGACUUCAAGUCCUGUGUAGAAUAUAUUAGCUAAGUGAAAUGCGAGAUGGAUGUAAAAAUGUGAAUUUCGAUCCAAUGAG